CUCCCUCGGCUCUCCCCCCACCUUCUGCAGAGACUCUCCUCCCUCCCUCCCUCCGCCGUCGGCCUCCCUCCGUCCGUCCUCUUAGGGCGGUCUCUCCUUUUCCCCAUGUGCGGAACCGGCGGCGCGGUGCGGCGCUGGGUGGAGGAAAGCGCGAGGCCUGUCUCGAUGCUGCGGCUAGCGGAUUUUUAGCCUGCCUCCGGAUAGGCAGGCGGGCGCCGCGGUGACUUUCAACAGCCCUGCCCCGUCACGGAAAGGAGGCUCGGCCCGCCAAGGAGGCCGGCGAGGAAGCUUGGAAGGGCAUGUCAAUCACAGUGAUUGUUCUUCAUGAUUAUGUGGGUUGCAGAACCUUUGAGGUACCUUAUUCAACACAUCUGGGAGCCAUAAAAGAAUUAAUUUAUCUUGAGACGGGUUUUCCAGUCGCUGAGCAGUCUCUGUUCUACCAGGGAAGAGAGUUGUUUGAUUGGGUCACGGUUGGGAACCUUCAGUCUUCUCAGAAUCAUGUAUUUCUAAAUCUUUUGUCCAAGGGCUUAAAAGGAGGAGGUCGCUUUGGGCAAACCACUCCUCCACUUGUUGAUUUCCUUAAAGAUAUUUUAAGAAGAUACCCAGAAGGAGGGCAAAUUCUUAAGGAAUUAAUUCAGAAUGCAGAAGAUGCUGGGGCUACAGAAGUUAGGUUUCUCUAUGAUGAAACUCAAUAUGGAACAGAGAGCCUCUGGUCUAAAGACAUGGCUCAGUACCAGGGUCCUGCACUUUAUGUGUACAACAAUGCUGUUUUCACUCCUGAGGACUGGCAUGGCAUUCAAGAGAUAGCAAGGAGCAGGAAAAAAGAUGAUCCACUCAAAGUGGGGCGAUUUGGAAUUGGUUUUAAUUCAGUUUACCACAUUACUGAUGUUCCUAGUAUAUUCAGUGGUGACCAAAUUGGAGUGUUGGAUCCUCAUCAAAAACUUUUUGGACCUUCUGAGUCAGGCCAGUGUUGGAACUUGAAAGAUGACAUCAAAGAAAUCAACGAACUAACAGACCAAUUUACACCAUUUGUUGGUGUGUUUGGAAGCACAAAGGAAACCUUCAAAAACGGGCAUUUCCCUGGCACCUUCUUUCGUUUUCCUCUUCGCCAGCAGCCUUCCCAGCUGAGUAGCAAUCUAUACAAUAAGGAUAAAAUUCUAGAAUUGUUUGAUUCAUUCAGAGCGGAUGCCGAUACAGUUCUUCUAUUCCUUAAAAGCGUGCAAGAUGUCUCCUUACAUAUUAGAGAGGCUGAUGGAACCGAGCGGCUUAUUUUUAGAGUUACAGCCAGUGAAAACAAGGCUUUGAAGCAUGAAAGACCCAACUCUAUCAAAAUUUUGGGAAGUGCAAUAAACCAGUAUUGUAAAGGCAUUCCAAGUAAUAGUAUAACAUGCGUGACGUACCAUAUAAACAUAGUUUUAGAAGAUGAGAGCAUUAAAGAUGCACAAAAGACAUCUUGGUUGGUAUGUAACAGUGUUGGCGGACGAGGGAUAUGUAAUGAAUUGGACUGCUUGGCGGAUGACUUGAAAUAUAUCCCAACUAUUGGCAUAGCCAUGUCUUUAUCAAGCAGCGGAGAAGAAAAAGGAGCCGAGGCCCAAUUAUCAGGAAGAGCAUUUUGUUUCCUUCCAUUACCUCCUGGUGAGGAAAGUAAGACUGGCUUGCCGGUUCAUGUUAGUGGGUUUUUUGGUCUAACAGACAACAGAAGAAGUAUAAAAUGGCGAGAACUUGAUCAGUGGCGAGAUCCAGCAGCCUUGUGGAAUGAACUUCUUGUAGCCAACGUGGUCCCUGAGGCCUAUGCAACUUUGAUACUGGAAGCCAUUAAGCAAAUGGAAACGGAAACAAAUUCAGAUUUUCCUUUGUCAGCUGAGCUAAUUUACAGAUUGUGGCCCCAAAAAAAUACAGCAAAAGUUCAUUGGCAGCCAAUUAUAGAACCUCUUCUGAAAAAGUUAUUCCAGGACAAAGUUAUUUAUUCCAUCAGUGGCAACUGGGUGAAGGUAGAGGAGGUAUAUUUUUCAGAAAUGGAUGAGAGUUUGGAAUCUACCCAAGCUGUGUUAAACUACCUUCAGGAAUCAGGAAAAGAGGUUGCCAAAGUGCCAGAUAAUAUUGCUAAUGCAAUCAGUCUUGUGAUUUUGGGUAUAAAAGCUGUCAAGAAAGUGACUCCGGGAACAGUACGUCACGUGUUAAGGAAAUCUGAGCAUAAGGGAUCUGCCGAUGAAAAACUUUGUAUCCUAGAGUUUGUGCUUGGCGAUGGAAAUUAUGGUGAACUUAUUGGAUUGGAGCUUCUGCCAUUACAAAAUGGGAAUUUUAUUGCAUUCUCUUCAUCGGCAUCAGCUCAGGAUGCAGUCUAUAUCACUUCAGAAACUUAUCCAAGGUCCCUCUUCCCAGGUCUUGAAGGAAGAUUACUUGCUGAUAACCUGAAACCUCAAGUUUUAUCUGCUUUAAAAGAAGCUUCAAAAAGUAGAGGAAGACAGUGCACUCAGUUGCAACUUCUAAAUCCCGAACGAUUUGCACGGCUCAUCAAAGAGGUUAUGAAUACUUUAUGGCCCAGUUCAGAGAUUACAGUGCAAUGGUUUCCUACUUCUGAUAAGAAUCACCCGCCUAUUUCAUGGCUCAAAAUGGUAUGGAAGAAUUUGUAUAUACAUUUCUCUGAAGACUUGUCUCUAUUUGAUGACCUACCACUUAUUCCGAAGACAUUACUGGAUGAUGAAGAAGAUGCAAUAGUUCUUAUAAGAUUAAGGGCUCCAUCACCAAUUAUUCUAGAUGAUGGAUCUGAAACACAGCUUCCGGAAUUUUUACCUGAGAUAAUUGAGCAACUUGGUGGGAUAAUUCUUAAGAAACUUGACCCCUCUAUUCAACAUCCACUUUUAAAGAAAUAUAUACAUCCCCCGUCUCCACAUAUAGUUUUACAGAUAGCAGAAAAACUUCCCUUACAGAAAUCUGUAAAUCAGAUUACCUCAUUGCCCACGUCACACAAAAAUGCACUCAGAAGCUUCCUUGCUAGUUUGACUGAUGUUACUGAAAAAGAGAAGAGAGUCAUUAAUGAGCUAAUAAUAUUUAGGAAAAUUGAGCAACCACUUGAUGAAGGCAGUGCUUUUACUGCUCUGAAAGUUUGUAAGGUACUGCAUCACAAUGCCAAACUUCCACCAGAUGUAAAAUUCUCUGUUUCACUGGUUGACAGCAGUGAUGAAGCAACCAUUCGUUUAGCAAACAUACUGAAAGCAGAACUGUUGAGAACCACUGACUGCAUAAAAUUUAUUUUAAAAGAUGUACAGAAUGAUUUUUAUUCUACUGAUGAAGCAAUAAGAAUUAUGCUAUGGAUUCUAGAAAAUUUGACUUUCCUCAAAAAUGAAAAUGCAGAGGUGCUGGAUUGGUUGAAACCGUUAAAAUUUAUUAAAAUUUCAGAGGAAAAAAUGGUAUCUGCCAGUGAACUUUUUGAUCCCGAGGUGGAAGUAUUACAAGACCUGUUUUAUGGGGAAGAAGAGCUCCGUUUCCCCCCCACAGUUUUUAAAACUUCUCCAGAUAUUCUACAUGCUCUGAGAUUAAUAGGCCUAAAAUCUGAGAACAGUUUAGAAGAGAAAGAUAUUUUAUGCGUAGCCCAUAAAAUUGAGAAGUUGAAGGACUGUGCUAGUACAAGUCAGGAUUCACUGACACAAAAAGCCAGGACUUUGUUAAUGAUUUUGAACAGACGUUCACUACUGCACUCACUUGAAACAAAAGCCACACUGAAAAAAAUUAAAUGGAUUCCAGCUUGCAAACAAAGGCCUCCAAAUUACCCAAGUUCAUUAAUUUGGAAAGGUGAUCAUUGCUAUUUGUGUUCACCACCAGAAAUGUGUGAUAUAUCCCAAGCAACUUUAAUAGGUUCUUCUGUUCCCCUUGUAGAAAGUGUCCAGCCGAGUAUUGAAAAGGCAUUAGGGAUCACCAUCAAACCUAAUAUCAAGUCAGUGUUAAAACACUUUAAAGUGGUAGUGGACUGGCACAGUUCCAAGAAAUUUAGUGACGAAGAUUACUAUCAGUUUCAGCAAAUCUUACUUGAGAUUUAUGGUUUUAUGCACGAUCAUUUAAGUGAGGGAAAAGAAGCUUUUAAGGCCUUGAAAUUUCCCUGGGUCUGGACUGGUAAAACGUUUUGCUCACUAUCUCAGGCAGUAAUAAAAUCACCACCCGAUCUUGAUCUCCAACCAUAUCUUCAUAGCGUGCCAAAAACCAUGGCAAAGUUCCAUCAGUUGUUCAUCAGUUGUGGGUCAAUUGAAGAACUGACCCCAGAUCAUGUCUCCAUGGUAAUUCAAAAAAUAUAUCUUAAAAGCGAACAGUCUCUUACUGAAGAAAAGAGUAAGCAAAAUCUUCACAUUAUGUUGAAUAUUAUAAGAUGGUUGUACAGUAGCCAGAUUCCUGCCAGUUUAAAUACACCUGUUCCACUAUAUUGUAGCAAAAAACCUUUUAAACUUACAAUGAAGCCAAUCCAUGAAUGCUGCUACUGUGAUAUCAAAGUGGAUGACUUAAAUGAUUUGCUUGACGAUGCUAUGGAGCCAAUAAUUUUAGUUCAUGAAGAUAUUCCCAUGAAAACUGCAGAAUGGUUAAAUGUGCCAUGUCUCAGUACUAGGUUGAUCAAUCCAGAAAAUAUGGGGUUUGAACAAUCAGGUCAACGAGAACCCCUCACAGUAAGAAUUAAAAACAUUUUGGAGGAAUACCCUUCUGUGUCUGAUAUCUUCAAAGAGCUGCUUCAGAAUGCCGAUGAUGCCGAUGCAACCCAGUGCAAUUUUUUGAUUGACAUGAGAAGAAAUAAUGACAUAAGAGAAAAUCUUUUGGAUCCAGGAAUGGCGGCUUGUCAUGGACCAGCUUUGUGGUCUUUUAACAAUUCUGAAUUUUCAGACUCAGACUUUCUAAAUAUAACACGGUUAGGUGAGUCCCUAAAAAGAGCAGAGAUUGACAAAGUUGGAAAGUUUGGUUUGGGAUUUAAUUCCGUUUAUCAUAUCACUGACAUUCCCAUCAUUAUGAGCAGAGAAUUUAUGAUCAUGUUUGAUCCAAACAUCAACCAUCUCAGUAAACAUAUACGAGAUAAAUCUAAUCCUGGGAUCAAGAUAAAUUGGAAAAAACAGCAGAAGAGACUUAGAAAGUUUCCUAAUCAGUUUAAGCCAUUCAUAGGUGUAUUUGAUUGUCAGCUACCUUUGACUGUGGAGGCACCUUACAGUUAUAAAGGGACCCUUUUCAGACUCUCCUUUAGAACUCAGCAGGAAGCUAAAGUAAGUGAAGUCAGCGCUACCUGUUACAACACUGCAGAUAUUUAUUCUCUUGUGGACGAGUUUAGCAUUUGUGGGCAUAGGCUGAUCAUCUUUACUCAGUGUGUAAACUCAAUGGUCUUGAAAUAUUUGAAAGCUGAAGAAGCCAAUCCUGAGGUGGCCCAAGACACUGUGACUAUUAAAAAAAACCUAUGUCCAUCCAAAGCAAUUACUACCCCCUUUACAAGCGUUCUAAAGGAAGCUGCUAAACUCAUGAAAACCUGCAGUAGUAGCACAAAAAAACUUCCCACUGAAUCACCAAAGUCUUCAUGCAUAUUACAAAUAACUGUAGAAGAAUUUCACCAUAUCUUUAGACGUAUUGCCGAUUUGCACUCCCCAGUUUUUAGAGGGCCGGAAGACGACACCGUUUCGUUCUUUGAAAUGGCUAAAACUGGACAAACCAAAAGGCCCACGGAUGAACUGCCACAGAAAACAGUAGAUUCUACCACAUGGCUUCUGUGUGCUUGCAUGGAUACCGGAGAAGCCUUAAAAUUCUCAUUACAUGAAAGUGGACGAAGAUUAGGACUUGUCCCGUGUGGCGCAGUAGGAGUUAUGCUGUGCGAAAGACAGGAUCAAAAAUGGACAGUGAAAUCCAAUUUCUGCAACUUGGGAGAAGUAUUUUGCUAUUUACCACUUAGAAUUAAAACAGGUCUACCUGUUCAUAUCAAUGGUUCCUUUGCCAUUACAUCAAAUCGAAAAGAAAUCUGGAAAACUGACACAAAAGGAAGGUGGAACACUGUAUUUAUGCGACAUGUUAUAGUAAAGGCCUAUUUGGAAGCUGUGGUAGUUUUACGCAACAUGGCUAUAUCUGGUGAGCUAGAAGAUUACAAUUGCUUUGCGGUGUGGCCUGAUCCUGAUUCAGUGCAUGAUGAUUUUUCAGUUAUAUGUCAGGGAUUUUAUGAAGAAAUAGCCCACCCAAAAGGCAAAGAAGGAAUCAGAGUGUUCUCUGAUGGUUCAUCUUGGGUGUCAGUGAAGAAUGUCAGGUUCUUGGAUGAUUCCUUGUUGAAACGUCCUGACAUAGGAACUGCAGCUUUCAAGAUUUUUCUUAAAUACCUUAAAAAAACAGGUUCAAAGAAUCUUUGUGCUGUGGAUCUUCCUUCUUGGGUCAAAACAGGUUUUGAAGAAGCAGGGUGUAAGCAAGUGUUACUAGAGAAUACUUUUUCAGAGAAACAAUUUUUUUCUGAGGUAUUUUUUCCCAAUAUUCAAGAAAUUGAGGCAGAACUUCGUGAUCCUUUAAUGCACUAUGUACUGAAUGAGAAAAUUAGUGAAUUUUCAGAAAUACUUUGCAUUACUCCAUGCAUUCCGUGUUCUCUGGCUGAACAUCCUCUGGUGGUACCUUCCAGACUGAUCCACCCUGAAGGUCGAGUUGCAAAGCUUUAUUCAAAAAAAGAUGGAAGGUUUCCUCAUGGAACUAGCCUAGAUUAUCUUAAUCCAGUAAUUCUGGUCAAAUUAGUUCAAUUAGGCAUGGCUAAAGAUGAUAUUUUAUGGGAAGACUUGUUAGAACGUGCAAAUUCUGUAGCAGAAAUCAACAGGACUGAUCAUGCGGGAGCUUGCCUCAGAAGCAGUAUACUAUUAAAUCUCAUAGAUGAAAAACUUAAAAACAAAGAUCCAAGAACUAAAGAUUUUGCUGAAAAAUUUCAAACGAUACCAUUUCUCCCGUUUCUCACAAAACCUGUAGGCUUCUCCUUACAAUGGAAGGGCUCUGAGUUUGAACCUGAAACUAUGUUUUCUGCAGUGGACCUUUACACAGUUGAUUACCAAGAUAUACUUUGUCUUCUAAAACCCAUACUAAAUGAAAAUUCUCAUUCCUUCAAAGGAUGUGGGACUAUUCCCUUGGCUGUCAAAGAAUUUUUAGGAUUACUUAAGAAACCAACUGUGUCUAUGGUUAUAAUGCAAUUAAAAGAAGUUGCAAAAUGCUUCGAUGGAAUUACUUUGUAUCAGGAAAAUAUCACCAAUGCUUGCUAUAAAUAUCUCCAUGAAGCACUACUACAGAAUGGAACCACAAAAACAACCAUUGUUGAGGAAUUGAAAAAUUACAGUUUCAUUCUAGUUGAGAAUGGUUAUGUGGACUCCACAAAGGUAGCUUUUCAUCUUAAUUUUGAGGCAUCACCACAUCUUCAUCAGCUGUCUAAUAAAUACAGAAAUAAUUUUCGUGAACUCUUUGAAAGUGUAGGAGUACGUCACGCUUUUAUGGUGGAAGACUUUGCUCUAGUUCUUGAAGCGAUUGAUCAGGAAAGAGGAGGUAAUCCACUCACAGAAGCAAAUUUUCAACUUUGUAGGAGAAUCAUCAGUGAAGGAAUAUGGAGUCUUAUUAGAGAAAAGAAGCAGGAAUUCUGUGAAAAAAAGUAUGGAGAAAUUUUGUUACCGGAUACUCGCCUUGCCCUUCUACCAGCUAAUUCUUUGUGCUACAAUGACUGUCCUUGGAUAAAAGUGAAAGAUACGACAGUAAAAUAUUGCCAUGCGGACAUUCCUAGAGAAGUAGCAGUAAAGCUUGGGACAAUACCCAAACGACACAAAGCCUUAGAACGGUACGCAUCAAAUAUCUGCUUCACUGCUCCUGGAACUGAGUUUGGACAGAAAGAAAAAUUGACCAGCAGAAUUAAAAGUAUUCUUAACGCAUAUCCAUCCGAAAAAGAAAUGCUGAAAGAGCUCCUUCAGAAUGCCGAUGAUGCAAAAGCUACAGAAGUCUGCUUUGUGUUUGAUCCUCGGCAGCACCCAGUUGAUAGAAUAUUUGAUGAAAAAUGGUCCCCUCUUCAGGGCCCGGCUUUGUGUGUCUUCAACAACCAGCCAUUUACUGAAGAUGACGUUAGAGGGAUUCAGAAUCUUGGUAAAGGCACUAAAGAAGGCAAUCCAUGUAAAACUGGUCAAUAUGGAAUAGGGUUCAAUUCUGUGUAUCAUAUAACUGAUUGUCCUUCUUUCAUUUCUGGAAACGAUAUUCUUUGUAUCUUUGACCCUCACGCAAGAUAUGCUCCAGGGGCAACAUCCAUUAGUCCUGGACGCAUGUUUCGGGACUUGGAUGCAGAUUUCAGGACCCAGUUCUCUGAUGUGUUGGAUCUUUAUUUAGGAGGCCACUUUAAACUAGACAACUGCACAAUGUUUAGAUUUCCACUUAGAAAUGGAGACAUGGCAAAAGUUUCUGAAAUUUCUUCUGUGCCGUGCUCUGACAGGAUGGUACAGAAUCUUCUGGACAAGCUGCGUACGGAUGGUGCAGAACUUCUGAUGUUUUUGAAUCACAUGGAGAAAAUUUCUAUUUGUGAAAUAGAGAAAACAACGGGAGCCCUUAAUGUGUUAUAUUCUGUCACUGGCAAAGUAACCGAUGGGGAUAGAUUGAAACGAAAGCAGUUCCAUGCUUCAGUAAUUGACAGUGUAACAAAGAAGAAACAGCUGAGUGAGAUACCUGUGCAGCAGAUCACGUACACUAUGGUUACGGAAGACUCCGAAGGCAACCUUACAACUUGGUUGAUCUGCAAUAGGUCAGGUUUCUCAGCCAUCGACAAAGUUUCAAAGAGUGUGGUAUCAGCACAUAAGAACGAGGAUAUUACGCUUUUCCCUCGAGGGGGAGUUGCAGCAUGUAUUACUCACAACUAUAAAAAACCGCAUCGGGCAUUUUGUUUCUUACCUUUGUCUUUAGAAACGGGGCUUCCUUUUCAUGUGAAUGGACACUUCGCUCUGGAUUCUGCCAGGCGAAACCUGUGGCGUGAUGACAAUGGAGUUGGUGUCCGAAGUGACUGGAAUAAUAGUUUAAUGACAGCACUGAUAGCACCAGCCUACGUUGAACUUCUAAUUCAGCUGAAAAAGCGUUACUUCCAGGGAACUGAUCCAACCAUGUCAGUUUUACAAAACACGUCUGUGCACACUAUGAAAGACACUUUGAAAAAAUUUCUAUCAUUCUUCCCAGUUAAUAGACUUGACUUGCAACCAGAUUGGUAUUGCUUAGUGAAAGCCGUAUAUAGCUGUAUCCACGAGGAAUCCAAACGCCUGCUACCUGUUGUGCGAACUCCAAAUGUUGAUGGUUCUGAUUUGCAUUCGGCAAUUAUCAUCACUUGGGUUAAUAUGUCUACCUCAAAUAAAGCUAAGCCAUUCUUUGACAAUUUGCUACAAGACGAGCUACAGCACCUCAAAAAUGUUGAGUACAACAUCACGACUCGAAAGACUGUAGCAGAGAAUGUGUAUAGACUCAAACAUCUACUCUUAGAAAUAGGCUUUAACUUGAUUUACAGCUGUGAGGAAACUGCAAAUCUUUAUCACUGUCUUGUGGAUGCUGACAUUCCUGUGAGCUACGUAACUCCUGCUGAUGUUCGAUCAUUCUUGAUGACAUUUUCCUCUCCAGAUUCUAAUUGCCACAUUGGAAAGUUGCCCUGUCGUCUUCAACAGACGAAUUUAAAACUUUUCCACAGUCUAAAGCUUCUUGUUGAUUACUGUUUUAAAGACACAGAAGAAAAUGAGAUCCAGAUUGAAGGGUUGCCUCUGCUCAUUACGCUUGAUAGCGUGUUGCAAGUAUUUGAUUCAAAACGCCCAAAGUUCUUAACAACUUACCAUGAAUUAAUUCCAUCUCGUAAAGAUUUGUUUAUGAACACCCUUUACUUGCGGUACAGCAAUAUCUUACUGAAUUGCAAUGUGGCAAAAAUAUUUGACAUCUCCAGUUUUGCUGAUUUAUUGUCAUCUGUGUUGCCAAGAGAAUACAAAGCAAGAGGCUGUAUGAGAUGGAAAGAGAGCUUUGCAACUGAAUCCUGGCUUAAGAAUUCGUGGCAUUUUAUUGGUGAAUCUGUAAAUGACAAAGAUGACCAGGAAGAAGCAAAACCAACAUUUGAAAAUGUUAUUGAGAUCCUGAAGGAUUGGACAUUGCUUCCAGGCACAAAAUUUACUGUCUCCUCUAAUCAGCUUGUUGUACCAGAUUGCGAUGUGUUGCUUCCACUCAGUCUUAUGCACAUAGCUCUCUUCCCAAAUUCCCAAACUGAUAAAGUUUUCCAUGCUUUAAUGAAAACUGGUUGUAUUCAACUUGCAUUGAACAAAAUUUGCUCCAAAGACAAUCCUCUAGUUCCCCUGCUGUCAGGACAUACAGCAAAUAUAGAUAACCCCUCAAGCAUUUUAAGAGCUAUACAUUAUAUGAUUCAAACUUCAACGUUUAAGACAGAAAAGUUAGCUGAAAAUGACUUUGAGGCCCUCUUGAUGUAUUUCAGUUGCAACCUAAAUCACCUGACCUCUGAAGAUGACAUAAAAGUUUUGAAGUCCCUUCCAUGCUACAAAUCUAUCAGUGGACGAUACAUUAGCUUAUCAAAAUGUGGGUCAUGCUAUGUACUUACAAGAAGCAUUCCCUCCAUUGAAGUGGAUAAAUGGACACAGACAACUUCAGUUGCUUUCCUUGAAGAAAAAAUCCACUUAAAAGAUUUGUACACUGUGCUAAACUGUGUUCCAGUAGAUGAUCUUGAAGUUUAUUUAAAGCACCUUUUACCAAAGAUUGAAAGCCUUUCCUACGAUGCAAAACUAGAACAUCUGAUUCAUUUGAAAAAUAGGCUUUCUAGCAUUGAAGAAUCGUCGGAAAUAAAGGAGCAGCUGUUUGAGAAGUUAGAGAGCUUUUUGAUCAUUCAUGAUGCAUGUAAUAGACUAAAACCUGCAAAACAUUUUUAUGACAGGACUGUAAAAGUCUUUGAAGUUAUGCUUCCUGAAAAAUUGUUCAUACCUCAAGAUUUCUUUAAAAAAUUGGAACAGCUUACAAAACCAAAAAACCGUGCUGCUUUUCUGACAUCAUGGGUGGCAUUGCUUCGAAAUAUGGGACUAAAGCACGUUAUUUCCCAACAUCAGUUAUUGCAGUUUGCUAAAGAAAUCAGCAUGAGAGCCAACACUGAAAAUUGGACCAAGGAUACUCUGCAGAAUACAGUGGAUGUCCUCCUCCACCAUAUAUUUCAAGAAAGAACUGAUUUAUUAUCUGGAAACUUCCUUAAAGAAUUGUCUUUAAUUGCGUUUUUGUGUCCAGAACGUGCACCUGCUGAAAUUGUUAGAUUUCAUCCACAAUAUCAAGAAGUUAAUGGCACGCUUCCUCUUAUAAAAUUUAGUGGAGCCCAAGUAAACCCUAAAUUCAAACAAACAGAUGUUUUGCAACUUCUUUGGACUUCAUGUCCUAUACUUCCAGAAAAAGCCACACCUUUAAGUAUCAGAGAACAAGAAGGAAGCAGUCUUGGUCCACAAGAACAACUUGAGCAGGUUUUAACAAUGCUUAAUGUUAACUUAGACCCUCCUUUAGACAAAGUUAUAAAUAACUGUAGAAAUAUAUGCAAUAUAACAACUUUGGAUGAAGAUAUGAUAAAAACGAGGGCUAAGGUUCUAAGGAGCAUCUAUGAAUUUCUUAGUACAGAGAAAAAGGAAUUCCGGUUUCAGCUUCGAGGAGUUGCUUUUGUGAUGGUUGAAGAAGGCUGGAAGUUGUUGAAACCUGAGGAAGUAGUAAUAAAUCUGGAAUAUGAAUCUGACUUCAAACCUUACCUAUACAAACUUCCUUUAGAACUUGGCACAUUCCACCAACUAUUUAAACUCCUAGGCACUGAAGAUGUCAUUUCAACAAAGCAGUAUGUGGAGGUUUUGAGUCGCAUAUUCAAGAACUCUGAGGGGAAACAGCUUGACCCGAAUGAAAUGCGUACCGUUAAACGGGUCGUCUCUGGCCUUUUUAAAAGCCUUCAGAAUGAUUCUGUUAAAGUUAGAAAUGACCUUGAGAAUGUGCGAGAACUGGCUCUUUAUCUUCCAAGCCAGGAUGGUAGAUUGGUAAAAUCAAGCAUCUUAGUUUUUGAUGAUGCGCCACAUUAUAAAAGUAGAAUACAAGGAAACAUUGGUGUCCAAAUGCUGGUUGAUCUUAGCCAAUGUUACUUAGGGAAAGACCAUGGUUUUCACACUAAGCUGAUAAUGCUGUUUCCUCAGAAGUUGAGGCCUCGCCUUCUCAGUAGUAUACUUGAAGAGCAGUUGGAUGAAGAUUCACCUAAAACAUGUCAAUUUGGAGCACUGUGUUCACUUCAGGGCAGGCUUCAGUUACUGCUCUCUUCUGAACAGUUCAUUACAGGACUUAUUAGAAUUAUGAAACAUGAAAAUGACAACACGUUUUUAGCCAAUGAAGAAAAAGCCAUAAAACUUUGCAAGACCUUAAGAGAAGGCUUGAAAGUUUCUUGUUUUGAGAAGUUGCAAACAACCUUGAGAGUUAAAGGUUUUGCUCCCAUUCCUCACAGUAAAAGUGAAACAUUCGCCUUUUUAAAGCGAUAUGGAAAUGCAGUGAUAUUACUCUACAUACAGCAUUCUGAUAGCAAAGACAUAAAUUUCCUUUUAGCUUUAGCAAUGACUCUGAAAUCUGCAACUGAUAAUCUGAUUUCUGAUACUUCCUAUUUAAUUGCAAUGCUGGGCUGCAAUGAUAUUUACAGAAUUAGCGAAAAGCUUGACAGUUUAGGGGUCAAGUAUGACUCUUCAGAGCCAUCCAAACUUGAACUACCAAUGCCUGGUACUCCUAUUCCAUCUGAAAUCCAUUAUACUCUUCUCAUGGAUCCAAUGAAUGUUUUUUAUCCAGGUGAAUAUGUUGGGUAUCUUGUUGAUGCAGAAGGGGGUGAUAUCUAUGGAUCUUACCAUCCAACAUAUACAUAUGCUAUAAUAGUGCAAGAGGUAGUAAGAGAAGAUGCUGAAAACUCCAGUUUUUUGGGGAAGAUUUAUCAAAUUGACAUUGGAUAUAGCGAAUACAAAAUUGUAAGCUCUCUUGAUUUAUACAAAUUUUCAAGACCCGAUGAGAGUUCUCAGAGCAAGGACAGUGCCCCAUCUACUCCAACAAGUCCUACAGAGUUUCCAGCACAUGGACCAAGGACAAUUCCUCCUCUUUUUCCUGGCAGGGAGAGUCAUAAAUCAUCAUCAUCUUCUAAACAUCAUUCCCCCAAAAAAGGUAAGGCAAAUUCUCUACCAGAAAUUUUAAGGGAAGUUACCUCAGUGAUAGAACAAGCCUGGAAGCUUCCAGAAUCCGAAAGGAAAAAGAUUAUAAGAAGGCUUUAUCUUAAAUGGCAUCCAGACAAAAAUGCAGAAAAUCUUGAUCUAGCCAAUGAGGUUUUCAAGCAUUUACAAAAUGAGAUUAACCGACUAGAAAAGCAGGCAUUUAUCGAUCAAAAUGCAGACAGGGCAUCCAGGCGGACAUUUUCAUCCUCGGCUUCUCGAUUUCAAUCAGACAAAUUUUCAUUUCAGAGGUUUUAUACUUCGUGGAAUCAAGAAGCCACAAGCCAUAAGUCUGAAAGGCAACACUCUAGAGAAAAAAGUCAUUCCUCUACUGGCCCUUCAUACUCACAGCGAUUUUUUGUGCCACCUACAUUCAAGUCUGUUGGAAAUCCCGUUGAAGCACGUAGAUGGUUGAGGCAAGCUAGAGCAAAUUUUUCAGCUGCCAGAAAUGAUCUUCAUAAAAAUGCCAAUGAAUGGGUCUGCUUUAAAUGUUACUUAUCCACUAAAUUAGCUCUGAUCGCUGCUGAUUAUGCAGUAAGGGGGAAGUCAGAUAAAGAUGUGAAACCGACUGCGUUAGCACAAAAAAUUGAAGAAUAUAGCCAACAGCUUGAAGGUCUUACAAAUGACGUCCACACACUGGAAGCCUAUGGAGUGGAUAGUUUAAAAACUCGCUAUCCGGACCUCCUCCCUUUCCCACAGGUUCCAAAUGACAGGUUCACUUCUGAAGUUGCCAUGAGAGUGAUGGAGUGCACAGCAUGUAUUAUCAUAAAACUUGAAAACUUUAUACAACAGAAGAUAUGAGAGAUGUUAAAGGUAUGGUGGAUUCAUGCCACAUUUUUCACCAUUUUUGUUUAAAGCUACUUUUUGGUGGCAUGUUCUUGUAGGUAUGUCAUGUAUUCAGUCCGAUGCCUUUGUUUAACAGGAAUGGAAGUCCUUUGUUUAUCCUCAGAGAAGGUAAUUGCUGUAGCUAUGAUAAGAGUACAUUUGAGUUCACUUUUGUUAGCAAGAAGCAGUUAACUAAAUAUGAUUGAAUAAAAUGUGAUUUAGUUGUGUAGUUACUGUACUUCAGAGGAUACACAGGCUUUAGC